AUGGCUGAUACGUCCGUUGGUAUUCAUUACUUCGCCAUGUAUCCUGGAGAAGCAACUGAAGUUGAUGCCGAAGCACUGAACUCCGAGAAUGUUUAUUGGAUCGAUUACAGGAAGGAUCGCAACUUCUUGGGAAGUGAGUUGAGGUCUGGAAGAUUCAAAAUCACCAAGUUCAUCCAUGCAAGGCAAGCAUGCAUGAUUUUCGACGAGUUACGGAGUUCCAUAUGUGUAAUGUUGUGCAUCCCCAGUGAGGUGUCAUCUGUUGGAUUGGUUUGGGAGGGAAGAGACAAGAAGAAGAACAACAUGCGUGUGGCAAUAAAGACCCCGAAGAAUCCCGCAACUCCAUCUGACUGGCCGUCAAACUGGAUCAAGGAGUUGAAGGGUCUCAUGACUUUUUCCAAGCUUGUGCAUCCAAACAUCAUGAAAGUUCACGGAGUUUAUGAUGAGAAGUGCCCUACUUCCGGUGGCUUUGGCAAAGCUGGACAGCAUAUCCCAUACAUAGUUUUGGAGCAUUGCCCUUGCACUGACCUGUUCUCUUUCUUGGAGAGCAGAGGUGCAUUUCCCAUGCGUCUCGCACGUCACUACUUUCUCCAACUGAUGAAUGGUGUGAAAUACAUUCACGACAAAUCCACUUCUCACAGGCAAGCCACGUUUGCGUCAAAAGAUAUCAAGCCUGACAAUAUCAUGCUUGACAAGUGGCUUACGCUCAAGAUUGGAGAUUUUGGAUUCGCCCGUGCUGGAGAUCAAGAGAAAGGGUUCAGAUCCGUUCUGGUUACCAAGCUUGGAACCCCAGAAUAUCGUGCACCGGAUAUUUACAUUGAUACUCCUGGCUCCAAUGUUGGAGGCACAGACCACGAUCCACGUGCUCAAGACAUUUGGGCUUGCGGUGUGACCCUUUUCGUGCUUCUCUGCAGAUGCUAUCCGUUCGGAAGGAAGGACUCGAGAAGAGGAUGCAGGCAGUUUUUCAGCAUGUUGGAUUCCGACAAGGAUGAGAAGUAUCCACCUACCCAUUUGAACUACUGGAACACUUCCGAUCACUACCUGAUGGGCAAUGUCACUCCCGGAGACAUGCGAGCUAUCAUUCAGUCUCAGGAACAAGGCAGUGCUGGAGGAGGUGCCGCUUGCAUCGACCUCUUGAACCGAAUGUGGGACUGCCGUACCAAGAGGCGCAUCACCUCCAAGCAAGUUCUUGAGCAUCCUUGGAUCGAAGGCUGAACCUCUCCCGAGAGUUGAGGAAGUUGAAGACCAGCUCAGGGAGUUUGUCGCUGGAAAGCUCAAGCCCGACGAGAGCAUGCUUCUUGGACAGAUGUUCGCUCUCAAGCCAGGCACGGAUCGUAUGCUCAUGGAGGUCCACAACUCGUAAGAGGGACACACGGCUAGCCGAAUAAUGGCGAACGCAGUUUUGUCGCAAGAAGUAUUUCUAUGCGUUAGAUAAACAUUUGAUUUGCUACUG